CGGCAAUUACCUUUGAGUAGAUAAUCCAAUAUGGCGGCGGAAGGUGAAUUGCAAACGGAUCGGUAUAUUAUUUGAGUGAAAAUGGUUUUGAUUAUUCGAUUAUGAUGGAUUUUAACGCGUCAGAUUUAUAAGAUGUAGAACUAGGGCGAAUGGAUUUACUCUCAUUUUGAAGUGAAAAAUAUUCGAAGUUAGAUAUGGAGGAAUCUGUGGCAAGUGAAGAUGGGGACAAAGUGUCAAGCGAAAAAAUAUCCCCCAAAAUUACACGACCCAAACUGCCAAAAUUUGGCAGCCAUACAUUGGGUCAUGUUAGACAUAAAACUGAUCCUGGCAAAGCUGUGGAAAUAAAGAAUUUAAUGGAAGAAAUUAAGAAAUGGAAGGAUGGCAGUGUGUUUGACAAGUCCAUACGCCCAAAAAUCAUCAAGCCACAGACUAUACCUAAAGCUCACUCCACACAGACCUCGCCACGAGCCUCACCCCCACCUGGGUCACCAAACUUUGGAAAGAGAGGAUCUAGUCUGAACCGAAAUAGGAGCAGAAGUUUGAAAUUACUAACAGACAAGUUAAAAAGCCCUCGUGGAGGUUCUAAAGACACUUCCCUAAGUCCAAAUACCAAAAUACCUAAAAUGAGGGACGAAAAUAUGAGAUCAAAAAGUGCUGAUGCCUCAGUAGAUAAUGCACCACUCUUUCCCGAAAACUGUCAACCUCCUUUAGAGGAAAGUAACAAGUCAACAGAUGUAAUGACAAGAAGUGUUGAAAGUGAUAAAGAAAAGACAGGUACUGUGGAGCCAAUACCAGAGAAAGAUGAAAGAGAUGAUGAAGAUGAAAAAUGUGAUAAACAAUCAACAUCUUCUGGUGAUACAGUUGGUACACCAGAAAAAGAUGGUCAAAAAUUUGACUCAAAGCCUGCUAGUGAUUCCCCAAAGCUUGGGGAAGAGGAGGGUGCUACUAUGUCAGAUAGUGAUACACCAACAACUCAUGUCAGCACUUACACCUUACAUCCUAUUGAUAGGAACUCUGAAUUCUUGAGAUUACGACAAACCGCUCCUCCAAAGCGGCGACCUGGUUAUGCAGGAUUAUCACUGCCAAAGACUAAAAUACCUCCUUUGUUGAAAUUUCAGACAGAUGAAACAAAAGAAAGUGCAGAUGAAAACAGUUUAAAAAGGGUAGCAUCUGCUUAUGAUGAAAAUUCUAUCAAGAAACCUAAUAGAUUAGAUUUAUUGAACUUUGGUGGAAGUACGCGAAAGUUAUCAACUCCAGUAUUUCCAUCAAAAAGGGAUGAGUGUAGACUGGAUUUAGCUGGGUAUAAUAUAUUCAGAAGUCCGAGCAAAGAAUGUCCUCCAUCUUUACCUGGUGAUGAGUCAAGAGUGCCUUGUGCUGGUAUGGUUCCUAUAAAAACUGAAGAAACAAUUGAAGAAGGUGAAAAAAUUGAAGAGCCAGGAGCAACCUGUAUGGCUGUUGAGCAAGUUGUUACAAAACCAACUGAAACUGAGUCAGAAAAACUUGAAAAGCGAAAUGGAAGAUCACCGAAACAAAAAUCAAAAAGUGAUCCAAGUGGGAAUAAAAGUUUUGAUUUCGAUGUAUCAGGUGUAAUAAAUUCUAGUCAAAGUUUUCCAUUCUUGCAGAUUGAUAGGAUGAAUGAUUCAGUCACAGAAAAGGUUGAAGAUCAAAACAUUACAGAAGACAACGAAAAUAUUGUUGUUGCUGACAAAGAAACCAGUGAUUUAGAUGUUAUAAAUAACAAUCAUGAAAAUGAAAACCCAGAACAACAAGGAAGUGUAAGUUUUAGUGAACCGCUAUCUUCUUAUUCUGGAACGGAACAAUCUGGGAGUAUAUCUGAAGAUGUUAUAUUCUCACCACAAAGUGAUAUGUCAGAACCUUUUGAUGAACCUGGAUAUCAGAGUGCUGAGGAAACUAUGUUGCAAAGUGGUGGUUUUGAUGGACUUCAGCGACUCGAAACAGGGGGUAUGUCUCCUGUUCAGGAACAUGAAGGUGAUGAUAAUGAAGGAAUUGAUUUUGCUACUUCCGUGCAUUCUGGUGGUUCGGAAAGUUCAACUUCAACACCAAUUAGUUAUUCACCUACGGGUACAUUAGAAAAACCAAAUAACCUUCUCAGUGUCCCUUCACCAAAACGUCCAAUUGCUAGAAGUGUGAGUUCAGCCAGUGUUCUACAGCGAGAAAGGAAAUACAGUGCAAGUAAGGACAAAGAUUCUGGGAGAAAACAUUCUUUAACUACUGUUGAAGAUGGUUCACAAGGUGAAAUUAAAACAAUGGAUUUUUUACCAAUUGGAGAUUCAGGAAAUAUAAUGGCAAGCAGUAUGCCAUCGGUAUGGAAUGCAGAUCGUCAUCCGUCCGUGUCGCCAGAAAGGGACUCUCAGUAUGUGAAGGAUAAGCGAUAUCAUAUUGUGGAGGAACUGUACAGAAAUGAGAAAGAAUAUGUGGAAGCUCUCAAAAUGCUGAAAGAGCGUUAUAUGGAUCCAUUAAAGACUGUAUCUGGUAUAGAUGAGCGAGUUGUAGACAAUAUUUUCUACAUGAUUCCAGAGAUUCUCACCCAUCAUCAGAUAUAUCUCGAGUUCCUCAACCAAGUAUGGACCCGAUGGAAUACAGACACCAGUACUGUCGGAGAUAUUAUACUAAAAACUUUUUCUGGGCAGACAGUUCAGGAUAGUUAUCUAUCCUUUGUUGAGAAUUACAAAACAUCUGGGAAGGUAAUAGAGAAUGCCCUUCAAACUAAAUCCUCGGUCCAGAAGUUUGUGGAGCAAUGUCAGAAGGAGAGUGGUAGCAAAUUGUCCCUUAAAGAUUUAAUUGUUCGUCCAAUACAGAGAAUUCCAAGAUAUGAACUCCUGAUACAGAGGUUGCUGGUCAACACUCCAGGAGAUCACCCUGAUUACACCCUACUUAAAGAAGCAGAAAAAGCCAUGCAUGAGUUUGCACGUAAAAUUAACUCUCUGAAUGAGACACAGACAGAGGAUGGUCAGCAAGAAACACUGAAAAAACUUGAACUUUUACUUAUUACUGAUCUGGCUGUUCCAGACAGGUCCUACCUCAGGCAUGAUAUGGUCAACAUUAUGAAUAAGAAGGACCAGUGUUGUAUUUGGAUGUUCUCAGAUCUUAUCAUUAUCAGUAGUGUGAAAAGGAAGAGCGGGCCAGUCACUCGUAAAGUUUCCAUUAUAUUGAAAUCACCCACAGGUCAGGACUUUGCAGAGAAUGUUAAACAUAAAGUAUGGCUGAAAGUUGGUCUAGAUGAUAUUGAAAUUGUCAAAAGUCAGGAAUCAUUAAAGAAAACAUCAACGCUUGAUAAGGAACAGGUGGAAGAAGAUUUGGAUAUACUAGAGAUGGUCCAAGACCUGGCAAACAAACUUAACUGUAGUCAUGCUAGUUUGAAUGAUGUGGUAAAAGAGAUGACGCAGUCUAUGAGAAAACAGCUGAUGGAGCAUAACCUGCGAGAAUCCCUACAAGACUCGACCAAGAUGGAACUAACUGUUACUACACAAGAGGGUGUACUGAACCUGGAAGUAAAUUUCACAUCUGGAGAGAAGAGAGCUGGUUGGGAGGCCACAUUCCUAGAUGCUAAACAAAAACUUUCACUGUUAUCAGACAAGCGGGCAGCUGAGUUUCUGCAGCCCCUGCAGAUAACUAAAACAAGGGCUGGAAUGCAGUUUUCCUGUGCAGCACCUAUUGAUGGUGUGAAUUCAAGUGGGUACAGAGAUGUAUGGGUGUGUAACAGUGAUGGUUAUGUAGGUCAUAUGUGUUUACUCAGUCUUCAACCAGAACCAAUUGUGACAUUAAACACACCUGUCCCAGGAUGCAAUGCAAGGAUACUGUGUAUUGCGGCUGUUCCAGCACAUGCCAUGCUGAGGAGAAAGAGCAGUGCCAAACAACGUUACAUACAUAACCCUCCUUCACCAACAUGUGAGGGUCCCCGUAUCAGUAUUGAGGAAGUUGAUGUUACAGAUGACGAUGGGAACCAGGGAGAUAUAUCUGAAUCUGGUGAUGUGGUUAGUGAGGAUGGGUACCAGUCCGACUCGAGUUCCAGUGAGGAGACAGAUGAUGAAUUUAUUUCAACACGUAGUCUCUUUGUUGAAGAGGAAGAACAAAAGAGGCCCCCACCCACACCACCAAGUAAGUUGCCUACAGGAAACCCUGAAUCUUUCACUACCAGUGGUUCGUGGACCCAAAACCCUGCAAAGUCAACAAUGUGGCUUGGCACUGAAGAUGGAUGCAUCCAUAUAUUCCAGUGUACAGAUAAUAUCAAAACUACGAAGAACAAGCUGAAGAUACAGCUUGGAUAUCCUGUAUAUUGUAUACUUUACCUAGACAACAAGGUGUUUGUUUCCUUGUCAAAUGGUGAUCUCAUGGUGUAUAGAAGAGACUCUGAAGGAACAUGGGACUCAGAAAAUCCCUACACUCGUGCAAUAGGCAGUGUGACUGCCCCUAUAGUAAAGAUGUUGGCUGUGGCAGGAAAACUUUGGUGUGGCCGUCAGAACAACAUUUGUGUUAUAAACCCUCUCACUCUCAGUAUUGAGAAAACAUUUCAAGUUCACCAAGAUAGUAAUCGUUGUGUUCAGUGUAUAGUUAAUGCUGGUCAUGGUGUAUGGAUAGCUUCUCAGCAGAGUGCUAAGGUUAUACUAUAUCAUGCUACAACCUUCGAAUUUCUCCUAGAAGUCAGUAUAGCACAGGCCGUCAACCAGAAAUUACAGGCGGCCGAUGAUAUUAUUCGGCAACAUAAGGCAGCUUGUUUACGUAUAACAGCUUUGUUGGUAUGUAAGGACCUGUUGUGGAUUGGUACCAGUGCAGGUGUUAUACUCACAAUACCUAUUCCAAAAAUAACUUCCACUACCACCAGAGGGAGCCUUACUACACCAAAUGUCACAGGGCUUGUGUAUGGACAUACUGGACAUGUGAGAUUUCUUACUUGUGUUGAAAUGGUAAACACUAAUGUGCCGCCAUUAUUGGCGGGAAGUCAUUCGCGGUCAGACAGUGCAAAUAAUAACACUCGUGACCCUGAUGUUCCCUCGCCACAGGAUCUUAAUAAACGACGGUCGUCAGUGGCAACAAUGACUGCAGCUUUAGCUACAAGAAUGUUAGUAAUAAGUGGGGGUGAUGGUUAUGAAGAUUUUCGAACAAAUGUUGUUAACGAGGCAGCGGGGAAAGAUGACAGUACAAAUCACUUAUUAUUGUGGCAAGUUUGAUAGUGUGCUGUAUAAUGGAGUAGUGUUUUGUGUUCAAGACAGUGAAUAAUUUGUGCAUGUAUUUGGUGCAUUGAAGAAAAAAGGGCUGGAUUGAACAUAGCAAGUUUGAAUGAGAUUUGUGACAACGUGUUGAGACUGAAAAAGUUGAAAUCACCGAAAUUUGCUGAAUGUAUUUAGAAAACCACCCUUGAUUCCAAGAGAUCCCAAGUGAUGCUAGGCAAAAAAGGAUUUAGUGUACAGAGAGAGAGAAAGAUUAUGAAUCCAUCCAAAUACUUUGUUGAUGCAUUGGUUUCUGGUGCCCCAGUUUAGUGCAAGUUAUAUAUAUAUAUACCUAAAACAGCAGUACAAAACAGUUAUAUUUCAGAUGUGAUAAAAAUUGAAUUCAUGAGCAGGUUUUGUUGGGAAUAUGAUUUAGUUGUGUUUAUUUUAGUUCAGAUUUGAAAAAAAGCCCAAACUUUAUUUUUGCUGCUUAUUUUAUAAUAUUGAACAGAAAAAGUGCAAGAGUCAGAGCUAAACAUCCAAAGAGAAAGAGGCAGUGUAGCUAUUAGAAGGCAGUAUUGUAUUAUUUACCUUGAGUGUUUUAGGGAGCUGCAGUUUAGUUAGAAUAAAAGUUUCAAAGCAUUUUAUUUAAACAGAGCUUGUUCUUAAACUUAUUUCUGUUGUUAACAUUUGAAACUCCUAUACUUGCAAGAUAUUGUAAAAAUGGUAGUACUGACUGUUUUACAGUUUGAAAGUUACUCUCAAAUCAGUGUUUAAAAGUCAUUUUGUAGGUGAUAAAACAUCUUUGCAGUGUCAGAAAAGAAUGAAUUUACAGAUAAACGUCUGCUUAUCAGCAUUACAAGACUGAUCUUACAUAACAUACCGGUAACUUCCGACACAUGGAAAACAUCUGUGUCAGACAGUAGUUCCGUUCAUGCCUUUAGCACUGUUGAAUCAGUCCGCAGAACUGGAUGUGGUCUCGUUUUCAUGUAGUUAGCAGACUCGUUUGAAUUAUGGAAAUAUGUCUUCUCAAAACCUAGAUAUCAGGCAUAUACAGUUUCGGUUCAAGUUCACCAAAGAAUUUUAAAGUUAACCAAAAAUACUAAUAUUGAUAAGGGUGAUUUUUUUUUUUACAGUCACAUUUGUUAACUUCAUUUCAUUAUAAGAUGACAUUUUGACGUAACUGUGUGUCUUCCAUUAGCUCAGAGUUUAUAAGGAGUGUAGAUAUGUUAAUUUCGCAGGAAAGAAUAGUAUUAUGCACAUUUAUGUUAAAACUACGGCAGCUUGUGAUAUUGUGCAAUGAAUAAUAAUGAUUGAAUACAGUUCACUUUGUACAUUGAAGACACCUGCUCUUUAAUUUCCAGUAAUUUCCAGUUUAUCAGCUGGGAUUUUUGUUUAAUGAUCUGAUUUUUUUUCCUAGAAUCUUUAUUUAUGUUGCAAACUGUUCAUUGAUUUAUUUUGCUUGAAAAAAAUAUGUGUAUUAUAUAUUUUCUGAAUAGUCUUGACCUGUAUUAUAGGUUUUUAUUUACAAUUAAGGUGCUAUAUAAAUCCUCUCUCUGAGUCCCAAAAGUGCAUAUUAAAUAGUAUUUACAACUUAUUUUUGUUCAUAUAGCUAUUAGAUCUCAUUUAUUAUAAUGUUUUAGAUAUAACUGGAGCCCAAAAAUGAUGGGAGAGAUCAUUCUAGUCCUAGAUAUACAUAUGAGCCAUGCCAUGAAAAAACCAACGUAGUGAGUUUGCAACCAGUAUGGAUCCAGACCAGCCUGCGCAUCCGCGCAGUCUGGUCAGGAUCCAUGCUGUUCACUAACAGGUACUCUAAUGCAAUAGGCUUUGAAAGCGAACAGCAUGGAUCCCAAUCAGACUGCGCAGAUGCGCAGGCUGGUCUGAUCCAUGCUGGUCGCAAAGCCACUAUGUUGAUUUUCUCAUGGCGUGGCUCAUAUAUAAAUUGUAUACAAUCAUUUGUACAAACAGAAAGCUUCAACAUUGGAAUAGUAUUCUGGAAAUACCAGGUACUUAUGUGAUAUACUUGUUAAAAGACUAAGCAUUAAUGUAGAUCUUAAACUAGACAAUUCAGUACAACACGGGUCUCGUAAAGGCUGACCUGUCUCCAGUAAAAGGGAGUGUUACUGUUUUUAGAAUGGAUCCAUUUUCUUGAAAAAAUUCAAAAACUGACUUACUAGUAUAUAUUUUUGUACAGUAUAGCUGUAUACACCAAUACCAAAAAAAUUAUUAUGCAACUUUUCUUCUCUAUUUCUCUUGACAAAACCUGUUUGAAUGUGUACCUGUGUUGUAUGUUGGCAAUUUUUGGCUUAAUUAAUAACAAAAUGCCAUAAUAAUUAUAAUGAAUUUUUUAACUGCCACCUUUUUUAACCAAAUUCAUUUUCACUUACAGAUACAUUAUAUAUGGUGAAUAUUUUCUCCUCAGUUUUAUCUAAAUGGCCCAUGCUUUAUAAAAAUAUCUCAACCUGUUAUGAUACAAAAGACUGAUGUGGAAAAUUUAGUCUGGAGGCAAUCCUAUGCUUAAUAAAAACAUGAUUGUACUUUUAAAAGGUAUUUUAUUUAUGUCAUAUUUGGUGGAAUUUAAUUUACUCUUCAGCUAAGACUAAGUGUCCUUUUGUCUGUCUUUAAAAAUGAGUGCUCCUUUCUACACAGCAGAGUAUUUAUACGCAGGGUAGGUUUCUAACUAUGCAACAUUUUACGUUUUUGAUAAUUUUGUAUUUUUAGUGAUAUUACCAAAUUCUUAUACGUUUUCUUUUGUAUAAAUGUUAGAGGAGUAUUUUAUCUAUAGAAGUAACCUGGACAGCUGUAGAAAGGAAAACAAGUGCAGUUCUGCAUAUCUCAUACCUUUUUGCUGCAUUUUGUUUAGCAGAAAGUGGAAAAUUUUGUUUUAAUUUUUUUUUUCAUAAUAAAUCAUGUAAUACCCAAAAGAAAUUUUAAAGUUAAGAUUUUCACACUUCCAUGCUUGUUCAUAUUAAAAACUUGUUUUUCAUGAUGUAAGUGUAACUUCAUAAUGCAUCUGAACUGUACCAUGAGAAAACCAACAUACUGUUCGCUUUCAAACCCUAUUGCAAUUAGAGAAACCAUUAGCGAACAGUAUGGAUCCUGACCAGACUGCGUGGAUGCGCAGGCUGAUCUGGAUCCAUGCGGGUUGCAAAUGCACUAUGUUGGUUUUCUUAUGGUGCGGCUCAUUUAUAUAUGAUUGUUUAGGGUAGCUGUGCAAACUUUUAUGUACAGCAAUCAUGAAUGUAUUUGUAUACACUUCUAAAGAAGUAAUUUCUAUGCAGUCUUUAGGGUUAUGAUGUGUGACGAUUAGCCUUCAAUUGAAAGUGCGUUAGAGAGUUUGACUGUAUUUAUGUAAUAUUAACAUGUAUGUAAUUAUGUAUAUGUAUGUAAAGCAGGCUCUAGCUAGUCUAGAUUCCUCUCUGUUGAGUUUACACAAAUAUUGUAUAAAGUUUUUUUACAUAUAUAUAGUAGGUCAGUUAUUUAUAAUCAUUUAUUUAUGAAGAGACUUUUUAUGAAUCUUCUAUUAACCUCUGUGAUCUGGUAGUCUGCCUUUUUUCUCCAGUGUAUUGUUUUAUAAGAAGUGGCUAGAAGUCGGGUACCGGAAUUGACAACUUUGGUUCUAUAGUUUGGGUACCGGAACUGUAGCCACUUCCUUUGUUUACCCGUAUAUGUAACUGACAUGACAUUUACUUUAUUUGUGUUUGACUGGUACAAGAUCAGUGAAAGAAUUGUGCUAUUUUUGUAAAAUCUGUUCUUUGAAAAACAUGUUUCGAAAUUGCAGGUUUCAAAAUACUUUGUAACAGUUGAGUAGUAAUGCAAUAUCAAAGAAAGGGGAAUCAAUGCCAUAUUUAAUUUUCAAAGAAAUAGUUCUUUCAAAUUAUCAAAGACUUUGAUGAAAAGAUUUGAAGCUAUCUAUAUAUUUCUUGUAAAAGGUAACAGAGUCAAGAAAACAGUAAAAAAUCAAGAGAGUUUAGGAGAGUAUGAUACCCUGCCGUAAUGGUGCCCACAGUCUGAAGCUGUAAAACACAGUGACAUUUGUCUUCUAACCUUUCCUUAUUGAAGUAUGCCAUCAGUGAAAAGGGAGACAUUUCACAUUUAUCAGGCAGUAAAUUCUAUUUAAAUUUGUAUUUUGUGGCACAAUUAACUCUUGAUUGUGUGAAAAAAAAUAAGACUGAAACUUGUUGUCCUCUUUUUUUUUUUUAAUGAAAAACAGUAGUCAUCAGUUGUGCAGUACUCAAAACAAUUGCUAUAUUUCUGUAUAUAAUUGUUAUGCAUAGUUUUUUCAUCUUUUAGUCAUAAUAUGCCUAAUAAAAGAAAUUUAUUGAUUCUGGCAGUUUUUGAAGAAUUUGAAAACAAAGCUUUGUGCUGAAGUUUGUACAAUACUCGGUCCUGCAUAGGAUCAAAAUUGACAAAAGAGGGGCUCACAAAAGAGGGGCUCACAAAGGCUUAUGGGUAAACGAUAAAGUCAGUAUCAUUCAAAGGUAAAUCUAUUGCUUCAUAUUCUUUCAUUAAUGUCUUGAGAUUAUGAAAUCCGGGUAUAAGGGCUGUAUUUAUGUUAUUUACUGUGAAAUGAUGAGUCAUUGCGGAGGACUAAUAUAUUUCCUCGUUGCUUUGUUAAAUGAAUUUGAAUCCAACAAAAAUAAAUCAAAUUCGUUUUAUCUUUGAAACCAGUGAAUCCAAAAAAAACAACAGAAUUUUCUUACCAAAAAUAACGAAAUUCUUUGCCCACAAAAUGUAGGUCUUCAUGUAAAAUGAAAUAGAACAUCUGAGAACUAUUCUUAUUGAAGUGGUAUUAUAAGUCUUCCAAGUAAAUCACAAUAUGUAAUGCUUUGUCUGUAUUUAAGUACUUUGAAAAAUUAAAAAAGUUUUUCACCUUAGAACUAUUUUGUUACUAUGACUAUUACGAGACUAUAGUUUUCUCUAUAAUCUGCCCUUUAAAGUGUUUUAUUGAAAGACCAAUGUAAAACUGGUUGCUAUACAGUGAUAGUCAACGUAUAUACUAUUCACAUCCUUUAGAUGUAAAAUGAAAUGGCAUGGCACCCAUGUUUUUGUAAACGUAAGAAAUUGCUGUCAGUUGAAUAUAUGUGGAUGUCGGGUUCCAUUAGAUCUGCUUUAUCUCAGUUUUACAUUUUAUACAAGACACAUUUUAUACUGUAAUGUACAUCUAUAUACUGUAAAGUAGACGCUAUUGUUGAAGACUUUUACAUUAUUACUGGUUUACCUCUGUUUACCAUGGUUAAUGUAGAUCUGUAUGUUCUCUAAAUGACCCCUGUCUCCCUUAAUUGUAUCGUUACCAGUAAGUAUUGUCAAAUACAAAAUGUCAAAAAUAAAAAAUGUCAUUGAA